ACGACAUGACGCAUGAGUACUGCCAGGGAGGAGGGGCCUUGUAUAUAAAUUCAACCCCCGAGCACUCUCGACCCGGGAGUUGCUCGAACCGCCGAGUGGAGGAAGGGAGUAUCUCGACCCAGGCCAGGUUAUUACGAAGCGCAGGGAGCACGAAGGCCGGACACCAUGUCGCGCUACGGGCGGUACGGAGGAGAGACCAAAGUAUAUGUUGGCAACCUGGGAACUGGUGCCGGCAAAGGAGAAUUAGAAAGAGCCUUUAGUUAUUAUGGUCCCUUACGAACUGUAUGGAUUGCCAGAAAUCCUCCAGGAUUUGCUUUUGUGGAAUUCGAAGAUCCAAGAGAUGCAGAAGAUGCAGUUCGAGGACUAGAUGGAAAGGUGAUUUGUGGCUCUAGGGUAAGGGUCGAAUUGUCAACAGGAAUGCCCCGAAGAUCUCGAUAUGACAGACCACCUGCACGGCGCCCAUUUGAUCCUAAUGAUAGAUGUUAUGAAUGUGGGGAGAAAGGUCAUUAUGCUUAUGAUUGUCAUCGCUACAGCCGAAGAAGGAGAAGCAGGUCACGGUCUCGAUCUCACUCAAGGUCCAGAGGAAGGAGAUACUCUCGCUCAAGGAGCAGGAGCCGUGGUAGGAGGUCAAGGUCUGCAUCUCCUCGAAGGUCAAGAUCUGCAUCUCUUCGUAGGUCUAGGUCUGCUUCAAUCCGUUCUCGAUCUGGUUCUUUAAAAAGAUCGAGGUAUUUCCAAUCAUCCCGCUCAAGAUCCAGAUCCAGGUCUCUUUCAAGACCAAGAAGCAGCCGAUCAAAAUCCAGAUCACCAUCUCCAAAGAGAAGCCGCUCACCUUCUGGAAGUCCUCGUAGGAGUGCAAGUCCUGAAAGAAUGGACUGAAAUGAAAAAAAUUAACCUUUUAGGAAGAAAGUUAUUUUGUUUACAUUAUUAUAAGGGAUUUUGUGAUGUCUGUUCAAUGUAAGUGUAACCUAGAAGGCUAUUUGAACCAUCUAAUAAUCAGAAUGGAUCUGGAUAUUUUAAGAGCUCUGUAAAUUUACAUCAGUAGAGUAGUGUAAUUUUUUUUGUUGUAUGUAUUAACAUCUUAUGAUCUUGAAAAUGGAUUUUUUUUUAUUGGCACAUUUAAGAAUAAAAAUGUGUUUCUAACUAGACUUCUGAUUUGUGGUCACUACUGUUAAAAAUUUAGCUUGGGCCAGUCUCAAGCCUAGAGAGCUUGUUAGGCCUGUUCAGGGUCAGUAUCUGGAUGUGGCUAGAAGGUGAUUAAAAAAUGGUCAAGUUGAAUGCACUCAUGAAAUCUUUCAUACAUUUGGAUAGUUUCUUAACUGUCAUUUGGGGCAUUGAAAACUUAUCUUUUCAUAGUAGAUAAAUUUGAAAGUAGUUAUGUUUUAGAGAGUUAACCUUACUUUUUCUUUUUCAUAACUGCCUGUCAUCUGUGGCAGACUCAAUGGUAGAUGCCCUAUGAAAUUAUCACCAAGGGACCAUGAUUCAUUAGAUUAAAUUGGCAUAACAAUUGGACAGAGCUUAAGUAAAUUCUGGGAAGUGCUGAAGGGUCCAUGACAUCAUAGCACAAAUUACUUCUGGACAACUGUUGUGUCAUAGCUAAAGUUGGUGCAAGAAAAGCAUUAAAAAAGUUGACGUCAGAUAAGUACUAAUGAGUGUUGAUAAAGUCACCAUUUGGGAAUAUAUUGCUCAGUACUGUGCAAUUGUUUUUAGUAAUAUAUACAUUUUAGUAUUAAGUUAAAUUGUUUGAAGAUGCCAAAAAUGAGUGCAUGUUGUUUAUUUUUAUUUUUUUAAGAAUUGCUUGGAUUGAGAGCAAAGACAAAUGUAAACCAGCUUUGCAAAAUUGUCAUUUUUCCAGCCUAAGCACCAUUUCCAUCUUCCAUGUCUUUAUAAACUGCUGCUCCAACUUCAUCCCAUCUGAUACUCCUCAGACCCACCCCACACCCCUCAAAGACAGCAGAUUUUGCCAGGCUGGUGCAAAGUAUUUAAAUUUAUUGAUCAUAAACUAAAAUGUGGUUUGUACACCAACAGUAGUACAUUUACAUUGUUAGCUUUUGGUUUGCCUCAUAUCACUUGAUGAAACUUAAAUUUUUUUAAUAAAGAAUAAUAACGUCCCCCACACCUUAAAAUAGUAGCAGUAGAAUAUUGUUUCACUAAAGGCACAAAUUAUCUUAUUCAAAGAUAUUUGCUUGUCUGUCAUCCUAGCUUUGAUACAAAAGCUUAACUUUCAAGGGCCAUGUUUUUCCAGUGUACUUGGUACUGACUUCUGCCAUAAGUUUAAAAUAUAUCAGGUAGUAAUAGUAAUUGGCCACAAAUGAGUUUAUUUGGUAAUUUUUGAAUGCUUCGACAUACCUAAGAGCCAUUUUUUUUAUAUAUGCUAAAGUUAUUUGAAGAAAUCUUUUUGUUAAGGGAUUUGAAUAUUGAAUGAGCAGUAUGAUUUGGUAUAGAAACCACCUACCGUGUACAGGUUUAUCUGUUGCAUUUUAUCAGCUUUAACUGUUCUGUACUAUAUUAAGGCAAAUUUACUCUACAAUAAAUCUGCAGAGAUUAAAAAAA